UUUUAAUUUCGCGCCGAAAUUAACGAAUUUAUAGGUUAAGUUGUUAGUGUUGCUGUAUAGAUUGUUGUUUUUUGUUUGUUUUUACGUAUUUGAUAUUUAAGCAAAUUCGUUUUAAGUUACAUAUUACUAAUAAUAUGAAGUGCACAAUACCGGAGAUAUCAUGGCAUAACCGAGAACCAAUAUUAAGUGUUGAUAUACAGCCUAUACAAGGAAAAUUUUAUAGACUAGCAACUGGAAGCUCUGAUUCACUUGUUUUGAUUUGGCAAUUGAAAAUUUCAGAUAGUGGAGCAGUCGAUGUUGAAGUGCUCUCUGAAUUAACUAGGCACCAAAAGGCUGUUAAUGCAGUGAGGUGGUCUCCCGAUGGACAGUAUUUAGCUUCAGGUGAUGAUGAUGCCAAUAUCAUUCUAUGGCAAAUGAAAGUUGAUAAUGUCCCUUUACUCGAAGGCGACAAUAAUUUUAAAGAGACCUGGAAUGUUCAUAAAAUAUUGAGAGGUCACAAAGAAGAUGUUUAUGACAUUUGUUGGUCUCCUAAUGGAAAUAAGUUAUUAUCUGGUUCUGUAGACAAUAGUGCAAUCUUAUGGGAUAUGAAUAAAGCUCAAAGUGAAUAUAUAAUAACUGAUCAGAAAAAUUUCGUUCAAGGAGUAGCGUGGGACCCAAAGAAUCAGUUUAUUGCAACAAUGAGUAAUGAUCGGAUAUGCAGAAUUUUUGAACAGAAUGGGAGACGCGUCCGGGCUAGAAUAGGCAGGGGACCUCUACCUGUAGACGAAAGUCACCCAUUGCACAACAAGGAAGUCAAAUACUUUCACGACGAUACAUUUAAAUCAUUUUUUCGACGAUUAACUUUUUCACCAGAUGGCAGUUUCCUGAUUGUACCUUCCGGUUGCAUCGAAAGCGAAGAUUGCAAAUCUGCCAUGUAUGGAACUUUUAUUUUUACAUUGGACUCGUUUAAACAACCUGCUGCAAUUUUCCCUUCACCAAAGCAAUGCUCAAUUGUUGCAAAAUGUUCACCCAUCUUAUAUGAAUUGAGGCCAAAAGGUUCCAAACCGUUAAUCGAUCUUCCCUAUAGAAUUAUAAUUGCUAUUGCAACAGAUAGUGAUGUUAUAUUGUAUGACACACAACAGAAUGCACCAUUUGCUUGCUUGCAGAAGGUACAUUAUACAAGACUGACUGAUCUCACAUGGUCUCAUGAUGGCCUUCUGCUGGUUGUUUCAUCAACUGACGGUUUCAUCUCUCUUGUUACAUUUGAGGAAAAUGAACUUGGAAAACCAUAUGUUAAAGACGAAAGUGAGCCAGAAGAUCAUCUGAUGAGUUUCCCAGAAGAGACAGAGAAAAUUGAAGAAAAAGUUCCUGAAAUUAAAUCUAAAAAACCAAGUUUCCUAGAGCAGUGGGCCAAGAAGUCAAAUAAACAAAAAGUUGAGCAAAAGCCAACGGAGAAGAUCGUUAAAGAAGUAAUAUUAAUUGAAGAAUCGCCUGUAAAGAACCAAGAACCUGAGAUUAAUGUGAAUGUAAAGAAGAGAAUUACACCAAUAACAAUAUCUGAAAAAUGCAGUAAACCCAAUGAAAUUAAAGUGGAACAGAAAGUGACCAAACGAAUUACACCAAUAACGUUAUCCACAAGCUCCCCGAAGAAACGAAUAGUUCCAACGAAGGUGGAACCAUCUUGCAGUACUAAAAACGAUUUCAAACCAAUCGAAAAAUUCAUCGUAAAUGGCGUGGAAACGGAUCCAAAGAAUUUCACGAUGUGCAAAACAUUGCGAGAAAUUGAAGAAAAAUCGGUUUGCGAAACAUCUUCGGACGAACCGCCGCCUAAGAAGAAAAAACUGGAACAGAGUAAAUUAACUCCGAAUAAAGCGGCUGAGAAAACCCCGAAAGAAAAGAAAAAGAGUCCAACAUCGGCGAAGAAAACGCCGAAAGUGACACUUCUGCAGUUUUUGAAACCGUUGUCGGACAAGAAGGAGAAGCCAGAUAAAAGUUCGGACGUUAAGGUUGAAGAAAAAAGUGUCAUGGACUGUAUUAAAAUAAAACCAACUAGUUUAUUUAAAGUGGCGUCUUCGAAAAAGGACGAAGUCGUCGAUUUGUGCGAUGAGAGUAUAGACCCGUCCGAAGAUUUCAAAUUGUUUGUAGAGGAGGACAGUGUUACAGAAGAAGUAAAGGUAGAAAAAGAGAAUACCGGUAUUGUAGAUAAAAAGGUGGAAUUGGUAAAGGCAGAAGCGGUGAAACAAGCACGACGAGUUCCUCUGAUCACACUUUCAAGUCCAAAAGCAAAGAAGAAAAAAGUGUGAGGGCGGCUUCCUUUUGAACGUGUAAUCAUUUACAUUUGAUAGUUUAUAUAAUAAUUAUACUUUGUCAUUUUUUUUGUUAGGUACU